UUCGUCAAAUGUAAACAGCUGACUGCCUGCAUGCGCACACGUGCUGCAAAUAACAAAAUCCAAGUAUGGAAUUUGAGUCGGACUUGCCGGGCAACGAUAUUGACGAUAUCGAGGAUUUAAUAUCGGCCGACGAUAUUAAACCCCGUGACCGCUAUGAGAACAAGAAGAAUGUCACAGUGCGCGCCAAGAAGCGAGCGCCAAUUAAACCAACGCUAAGCGAUGACGAAAAGGAAGAGACGAAGCCACAGAAGAUCAUCCACGAGAGUGUUAUUCCUGGCACCCAGAAGGUGUAUGUGAAGACUUGGGGUUGUGCACACAACAAUUCGGAUUCAGAGUACAUGGCCGGCCAACUGGCGUCAUUUGGCUAUAAACUGAGUGGCAAGAAUGAGGCGGACUUGUGGCUGCUAAAUAGUUGCACUGUAAAGAAUCCCUCGGAAGAUACGUUCCGCAACGAAAUCGAGGCGGGCAUGCGAAAUGGCAAGCAUGUUGUUGUCGCCGGCUGUGUGCCCCAGGGUGCCCCCAAGUCCGAUUAUCUCCGUGGCUUAUCGGUAAUCGGUGUCCAGCAAAUCGAUCGCGUUGUCGAGGUGGUCGAGGAGACGCUAAAGGGGCAUAGCGUGCGCCUGCUGCAGAACAAGAAGGUGCACGGGCGUCGAGUCGCCGGUGCCCCCUUAUCCCUACCGAAGGUGCGCAAGAAUCCGCUCAUCGAGAUCAUCUCGAUCAACAGCGGUUGCCUCAACCAAUGCACCUACUGCAAAACGAAACAUGCCCGCGGCGACCUCGCCAGCUAUCCCCCCGCUGAGAUCGUCGACCGUGCACGUCAAUCCUUUGACGAGGGCUGUUGCGAAAUCUGGCUUACGUCCGAGGAUACGGGCGCUUAUGGACGUGACAUUGGCAGCUCGUUGCCAGAGCUGCUGUGGCAGUUGGUCGAGGUUAUACCCGAGCACUGUAUGCUGCGCGUCGGCAUGACAAAUCCCCCCUAUAUUCUAGAGCAUCUCGAAGAAGUCGCCAAAGUUCUGCAGCAUCCGCGUGUCUACGCAUUUCUCCAUGUGCCUGUACAGAGCGGCAGCGAUUCAGUGCUUGGUGAGAUGAAGCGCGAAUACUGUCGCAAGGACUUUGAGCAUGUGGUCGAUUUUUUGCGCUCUCGUGUGCCGGGCUUGACAAUUGCGACCGAUAUUAUUUGUGGCUUUCCCACGGAGACGGAACAAGACUUUGAGGAGACAAUGACGCUGUGCGAGAAAUACCAGUUUCCCAGCCUAUUCAUCAAUCAGUUCUUUCCGCGACCGGGCACACCAGCUGCCAAAAUGGAACGCAUACCGGCGAAUCUAGUAAAGAAGCGCACCAAACGUCUAACCGAUCUAUUCUACAGCUACGAGCCGUAUGCGGGACGUGAGGGUCAACUAUAUACGGUGCUGGUAACGGAAAUCUCACACGAUAAACUGCACUAUGUGGGACACAACAAGAGCUACGAGCAAGUGCUGCUACCCAUGCGUAAGAAUUUGCUGGGCACGCGUGUACGUGUCCGCAUCACAUCCUCCAGCAAGUUCAGUAUGAUGGGUGAGAUAUUGGACGAGGAGCAGGAAUGGACACGUUGCGCCAACACGAAACAGACACAACUGGAAACGAAGAGCAAUAGCAGCAGCAGUCGGAGAGAGCGCUACAUAGGCAUAGCUUUAGUAGUUGGCGCCGUCGCAUUCCUGCUGCAGCUGCUCGUCCGAUUGUUAAAUCAGUAGAUCAGUAGACAUUAUAAUAAAAUACAAGGCGCUAGUUCUUGAAUUGAUAAUUUAA